AUGAUCGCAUUCAGCCGCCUCACCACCCUGCUCCUCUUUGUUCUCUCCCUUGGGUUUUUGACUUGCGCCGCCCCUACUACCGGCAAUGGACAGGCCCUCUCUGUGCGAGGAGGUGAUUGCGCCAACGUGGUUGACGCCUUGGCUUCCUUGAAAACUAAGCUGGAGGUCCACUUGGAUGCUUGUGACCUAGUCAAGGCUGAUACAGAUGUUAAUGUCUUAAUUAUUGCCAAGGUUAAGGCUGACGUCGAGGAAGCGACCAAGGCUGUUGCCAAAAUCGGUGUUAUUGCUGACGUCGAUGCCAAGAUCAAAGCUGAUAUUGUUGCGCGAAUUGCUGUGAUCGUCUCGCUCGUUGUCAAGAUCCUCAUUAAGCUGUCGGCCAAGAUCAGUUCGAUCAUGGCUGACAUUUGCAUCCAGAUUGAUGUUUGCUUGAAGGCUCUUCUCGUUGCUCUCAACGUUUGCAUCAACGGAGUUGUCGCUCUCAGCCUCAAAGCUAUUGUGGACCUCACUAUCCUUGUUUUCAUCAAAGUCAAGCUGUCGUUGUGUGCUGGUCUUUUGGGUCUCCUUAAUAUUAGUGUUGCUUUGUGA